UUGCUCCCGUGAGCCUGCUCGGCUCCUCCUCCUCCUCCCCCCCCCUCCGAUCCGACUGUGGUCCCCUUGGCUUGGGGCUUCUCCUGCCCUCCUUCGCCGCUCGUCGGGCGGCCUAAGAAGAAACUUCACUGGAUUAAAGAAAGAACCCAGUUGCUGCUGUACAGCAGCAGCUACCCAGCUGCUGUUGUGCCUGAGAAUCUUCAGUUUAGUUCCAAAACUUGCUUGAACACUUGUCAAAUGACGUCAAUGGCCAGCCUGUUCUCUUUUACUAGCCCAGCUGUAAAGCGUCUUUUGGGCUGGAAACAAGGCGAUGAAGAGGAAAAAUGGGCAGAAAAAGCAGUCGAUGCUCUGGUUAAAAAACUGAAAAAGAAAAAAGGAGCCAUGGAGGAGCUGGAGAAAGCACUGAGCAGUCCUGGACAACCCAGUAAAUGCGUUACUAUUCCUCGUUCGUUAGAUGGGCGACUUCAAGUUUCUCACCGCAAGGGCCUUCCUCAUGUUAUUUACUGUCGUGUUUGGCGUUGGCCUGACCUGCAGAGUCAUCACGAGCUGAAGCCGUUGGAUGUUUGUGAAUUUCCUUUUGGAUCUAAGCAGAAAGAAGUCUGCAUCAAUCCAUAUCAUUACAAAAGGGUAGAGAGCCCAGUUCUACCUCCAGUAUUGGUGCCAAGGCAUAGUGAAUUCAACCCACAGCAUAGCCUUCUGGUUCAGUUCAGGAACCUGAGUCACAAUGAACCGCACAUGCCACACAAUGCUACUUUUCCAGAUUCGUUCCAGCAGCCUAACAGCACUCCAUUUCCCAUUUCUCCAAGUAGUCCAUAUCCACCAUCUCCAGGUGGCAGUACUUAUCCAAAUUCGCCAGCCAGUUCCGGACCUUCUAGUCCAUUUCAGCUACCAGCAGAUACACCACCACCAGCAUAUAUGCCUCCUGAAGAUCAAAUGGGGCAAGAUAAUUCACAGUCUAUGGACACAAGCAAUAAUAUGAUCUCUCAGAUAAUGCCAAAUAUUUCCAGUAGAGAUGUUCACCCUGUGGCCUAUGAAGAGCCCAAGCACUGGUGUUCAAUUGUGUAUUAUGAAUUAAACAAUCGAGUUGGGGAGGCAUUUCUUGCAUCUUCCACUAGUAUUUUAGUAGACGGUUUUACAGAUCCUUCUAAUAACAAGAACAGGUUCUGCUUAGGUUUGCUCUCCAAUGUCAAUCGCAACUCAACAAUUGAAAACACCAGGAGACACAUUGGAAAAGGUGUCCAUCUCUACUAUGUUGGUGGUGAAGUCUAUGCCGAAUGCCUGAGUGACAGCAGCAUAUUUGUACAGAGUCGGAAUUGCAACUACCAUCAUGGAUUUCACCCGACAACUGUCUGCAAAAUUCCUAGCGGCUGCAGCCUGAAAAUUUUUAACAACCAGGAAUUUGCUCAGCUUCUAGCUCAGUCGGUCAAUCAUGGAUUUGAGGCAGUAUACGAGCUCACCAAAAUGUGCACAAUUCGGAUGAGUUUUGUGAAGGGAUGGGGAGCGGAAUAUCAUCGGCAAGAUGUUACAAGCACUCCAUGCUGGAUAGAAAUCCAUCUUCAUGGGCCUCUGCAGUGGCUGGAUAAAGUACUCACCCAGAUGGGAUCCCCUCUUAAUCCCAUCUCUUCUGUUUCAUAGUGCCAAAGAAGUUUUUUCAACCAUAACUUUAGUGACCAUUUUCUAAUUCUACAGACACUUCCAGUGUGGAUACUGUAAGAACAUACUACACAUUAGCUUUCUUCUACCAAUGACCAAUUCCAUUGUUUUUUAUCGCUCGUCCUUUGAUUUUUUGAUAUUAAGGAAACAGCCAAGUUGGGAAGAAAACUGAGAAUUCAGGAUUUUAUUUUUCCUUGAUACGCAUAUUUAAUAAUCAUCAACUCCACUGAAAAUAUUUUUUAUGUGUCUUCUAGGAACACAUUUUUGAACUGGUUCUUUUUUUCGGGGGGGGGGGAUAACAUUUAUCUUUUUCCUAAAUUUGUUUAUUUCCAGUUUACAAGUUUUUAAUGUUGUAUAAUGGAUAAGGUCCAUGAACAAAGCUAGCUUUAUUACACCCAAGAUUGCCUUUAGCUUGAAUAAAUAAUGUGACUUAAGUAUAUACAUGUUAAAAACACGUUACAGAUAGUGGUAUUAGAAUGCAUUACUGCAAGUUCUAUGGUAAAUAGUGGUUUUAUCUAUACCCCAGUUCAGUUUAAUACUGCCUUUACAGUGCAAUUGUAUGCAUGUAUACUCAAUGGAACAUUGAGCUACUGGAACUUACUCCCAGACAAGUGUAAAUAGGAUGCUGUCUUUAGUCAAUUGUUCUUAAACAUUUGAUUCAAGGCACUCUGUUUUGCUUAGACUAAUCAGUAUUUUCCCUUGACUUACAUUCAUGCUGUGGGCUAGGCCUUGACAAAGUGUAGCUUUUAAGGAAAUCCACGUCUUUUAUAGUGCAAAACAGUGCCAUUUUGUAGAUAACAUUACGAGGCAUUGUUCACCUUUCCAUUUUUUUUUGCCUGUCUGUAGCUGGUAUCCUGGGGGCUUCCUAAUGUCAAUGUUGGUUUUAAUAAUCACACACACACACACACACAGUUUUAAUUAAUGUCCUUCCUAAUGUUACUGGUGGUUUUAAUAAUUCCCCUCCUUCAGUAUUAAUUACAACCGUGGUGUACUUUACAUUUAUAACCAGAAUAUCAGGACUCUCACUUUGCUAAGUGAUGCAGAAUGUUUGCCUUUUAGAUUACUGAGGCAGACCAGGCCUUCGAUAAUAAAAAGAUCAUUGCCAUUUGGUGCCUGGAGCCUAAGAAAAGAAGUCAAGGAUCUUAAGCCCUCAUACAACACAUCAGCUCUUCAGCAGCAUCUGUCAAAUGAAUUGUCAGUUUUAUGGCCUUUUGUUAAUAAACCUACUAAAGGGCUCUAACUGAUGCAGA